AUGCUUGAAGCACUAUUAAUUCAUGAGCCAGAUGAUCCCAUUCAGUUUAUGAUAGACCAUUUAAAGCAAAACAACGAUGAUGCUCCACGAAUUUGUAUACUUGGUCCACCUGCUUCUGGGAAAACUACAGUUGCAAUGUGGCUUUGUAAACGCUUGGAUGCCAUACGUAUCUCUCAGGAGACUUUGUUAUUCAAGGAAAUAUUAGCACUGACAAAGGAAGCAAAAGCAUAUAAAGAAAGGAAGCAGAAAAUUCCCAAUGCGCUUUGGGCCAAUCUGAUCCGGGAACGUCUGUCAAACGUGGACUGCAUCAAACAAGGAUGGAUUUUGGAAGGCCUCCCUGAAAAUCAGGAGCAGGCAUGGAUGCUGCAAUCAUUUGGCAUCAUUCCUAGGCAUGUUGUUGUGCUUUAUGCUCCAGACACUGUGCUGAUUGAGAGGAACAGUGGGAAAAGGCUUGAUCCCUUCACAGAAGAGGUGUACCAUACGACCUUUGACUGGCCGAGUGAUCUGCUUGUACAGCAACGUUUGGUGAAACCAGAAGAUCUGUCUGAACGGGAGACAGCAAAGAAACUGAUGGAAUAUCACAGAAACUUCCUUGCAGUCUUCCGGAUCUACCAAAAAGUUUUGAAAUCAAUCAAUGCAGACCAGCCUUCCAUGGAUGUGCUCUCCCAGGUUCUUACCUAUGUCCAAACACGGCCCCGAUCAGCUGCCCCCUUUACACCACGGAUUCUCUUUUGUGGACCCCCAGGCAGUGGGAAGAGCCUGCAGGCAGCACUAAUAGCUCAGAAAUACGAUGUUGUCAACAUUUGCUGUGGGCAACUGCUAAAGGAAGCUGUUGCAGACAAGACAAAACUUGGAGAACUCAUUAAGCCUUAUAUUGACAGUGGAUGCCCAGUCCCAGACAACCUUGUUAUGAAGAUCCUGGCACCACGCCUAAGCGCACUGGACUGCAUGACCAAUGGUUGGGUGCUUUAUGGCUUCCCAAGAGACGUAAAGCAGGGAAAAGAGCUGCAAAAAUCAUAUAUUAAUCCAAACAGGGUAUUUUUCUUUAAUCUCCCCCAUGACUCCAUCAUGGAACGACUGUCUCAACGGAGGACUGAUCCUAUCACCGGGGAAAGAUAUCACACUACAUUCAGACCAGCACCCACACCGGAGAUCCAAGCCCGCCUCAGGCAGAACCCUAGAGACAAGGAAGAAAAUAUUGGGAAGCGUGUGGAAGCCUAUAACAGGAACGUCAAGGAACUGGAGGAAUUUUAUGAAGAUGCCUUUUACGUCAAUGCUGACCAAGACCCUUAUACUAUCUUUGAGUUUAUAGAAAGCUGUAUCAUAAAGCCACUUCCAUGCAAAAAAAAAUAAAAGAUCAGAAUUAAUAAGGAUGAUUUCUGGAACAGUUAAUUUUAAACUUUUCCCUGUAAUGUUUGCAGUCUGGUCACAGAAACAGUCACGAGUGAAGAGGAAGCCAGCCAAGGGAAACAGAGGCCAGAAAAAUGUGGAAGCCAAAAACGGGGUGGGAGGCCAGAGGGAAGCAGAGGCCAGAAAAAAGUGGAGGCUGAAAUGAGGUGGGAGAGGCUUCUUUUUCUUUUUUUUUUUUUCUUUCUGGUUGGCUCUGGCUGCAGUAAAUGCUCAGGUAAGUGUUCUUAACUGGAAAGUCCUUGAUGAAGAGCCCAGCGCUCUGUUAGCGAGCUCAGACUCUGGCUAUGGAAAUGCACAUUCUGAAUGCUUCCAAGAAAGGGGCGUGAUUUGUUGUGGUUCAGAGGAGCACUGAGUUUGAUGCCUUUGUUAUGUCUCCUUCUCUCCUCCCUUGUGUAUGAGUGUGAAUUCCCCUUCACCAGGGGAUGGAGAGGAGCUUCAACUUUCUCCUGGAACCCUCUGUGCGUGGAAGGAUGCAGGAGGCACGUGUCUUCUCCUUUCAGUACGGCCUCCAGGAGCCUUUUGGUUUUAGGUGACUUCUCGGAUACUAUUGCUGUAAGUAAGUUUGGGUCUUUGUUGCUGUCCCUGGUGGUGUGUGUCUGGGUCUAUAUGGGGUGCUGUAGAGAUGUACGUGCCAAAUCUCCUCCUUGCACCUGUAAGUUCAGGUGGGAAAACACUGGUUAUCCAGAUGGGGACGUUGUCUUAUUUUCGGAGAGUUUAAGGGCAGAAUUUUCAAUACCUUUGGGGGGUUUGGUGAAUGGGAAUUGGACCUUCCAGCCGUGAGGGCAGCUUUAACAAUCUCAGAAUAAAUAUCUUUGAAAUCUAAGAAAGCCAAAUCCUCUGGCAUCAGCAACACAACUCUGUGCCUCUUGCACUGAGAAAUUCCAGCUCGUAGUGCCAGGCUGAGGCAGAGGCUGCUCCCACAGCACAGGGCCCAACCCCAAACCCUCCCGUAAAGCUGGGCAAGGGCAUUUAUAACAGUCCUACCUGUUACAAAUGUGCUGUUUGGUAACCUACUUGGGCAGCUGUUUUUUUAUGCUGUUGCUAUAAAGAUAUGCUGUAGCAUGCAUGCAUAAUUGGGAGCCCUUCUAUUAAUAAUACAUGGGAAGCUCAUCUUGCUAA